AUGUCCGAACCUGAUAAGAUUACCACAGACCAGUAUGGCCGGAAGCAGUGGAAUUUGGAAGAAUAUGCCAAAGAUGCAAAAAAGAAAAAGAAGGCUCCGGUGAAGGAUACUUCUAAGGACUACAGUGUAAGUGAUUCUACUUCGUAUGUUUCACACAGAGACAAUUUGCUUAAGGAACUGGUAGAAUCUGUGAAACAGCAUACAUUAUUGAAUCCAGCAGCGAUAAGCGGAUCUGAUGGCAGCACGAGAAAUAAAGUAUUUGGUUUUUUUUGCCCUGUAUGUGAGCUAUCCUUUCGAGAUAACAUGGCCUUGAUAGACCACUUGAACUCUCCACAGCAUAUUGAAAAGGUCAAGGGCUCAUUCGAUGGUGAGCUAAAUGCAGGUGUGCGGCGAGCUACCUUCGAGGAAGUGAAGGAGAUGCUAGACUACUUGGUAGCACAAGAGAACAAGCUGUUGGAAGUACAAGAGAGUUUCCGUGAACGGGUCAGGAAGAGAGAAGAAUUUGACAAAGAGAGGAUAAAGCGUAGAGGUGAAAGAAGACUCACUAAACGAAGAAGACGAAAUAUGGAGAAGGAAAUGAGGAACGCGGAUGUUGAGGACGAUGGUGAUUUCCAAAAGAUGAUGGGGUUCAAUGGGUUUGGUAGUACCAAAAGGGCAUAA